CAUAAAAGCGCUUGUCGAGUCGUUGAUGGUUAGCAGCAUAGCACCCCAUCUCGAAGAAGCAUAGGUCGAACCUUGCCUUUCCGCCGUUUAAUUCACAUAUUUAUGAUAUUCAUCGUGGACUACCGGGCGCAUGUUUUUGCUGGUUGAAUAAUCUCAAACCUCGUAAUUAAAGUGUAUUCCGCGGCAUGUAGUUAGCGUGUUGGCUAACGUUACCGGCUUUGCGCCAGGGCAGGAGUGAAGACCAAUCAAUCACCGGGUACCUUCACCGCUAGUUUUUGUGUAACGGUACAGUGUGGUGCUGCUGAGGCAAGGGAAAAAACGCAGCGGUCACCGGUGACUGGAUCUUGUGGCGUGAGCACCAAUGCAGUCUAGAAAACACGGCGAAUCCCAGUCACCGGUGUAAAACACGGUGUGUAAAAUACAUUUAGUAGCCCUCGAACCAAAUUAUAAUAAUAGAUAGGUCGCUAGCUUGAUAGCAGGACAAGUGCAACGCAAGGAUGUUGCAAGUGCUGGCUUGCGGCGUCGUAGUUUUUCCCGGUCUCUUCUUCAUCUUUCGGAGAGUACUCCCUUCCAUUUUCAAACAGUGGACCGAUGCCGACGUUGUACUGGUCAGCGAGAGGCUGGUGUCCUCCAUCCACGCCAUCAUGGCCACCACGGCGGGAGUCAUCGUGGUGUCGGCGUGCAGCGGUAACGUCAUGACUGACAGGUACUGGCUGGCCACCUACUUUGUCAUCUGGUACGGCGUGCCCUACAUGACAUACGAUAUCUAUGCCAUGUACCUAAGCCACUACUACCGCUUCCGGGUCAAGGGCCACGAGGAGUACAAGGAGCACUCGCUGACCACGGUCAACUCGUUUGUCCGCCGCGAGUUCCUACUGGUGCUCCACCACAUCGCCCUGCUCACCAUCUUGCUGCCCGUCACCCUGUUCUUCAGGAGGGACCAGGGAGACUACUUCAUUGGCUGCCUGUUUCUCACAGAGCUCAGCACGCCCUUCGUCUCCUUAGGGAAGAUCCUCAUCCAGCUGGGUCUGCAGGACUGCUGGGUCCACAAGGCCAAUGGGGGCAUGGUGCUGCUCAGCUUCUUCCUGUGUCGAAUUGCCCUUUUUCCCUACAUGUACUGGGUCUACGGCCGCCACUACGGCAUCCCCAUCUACGGCGUACCGUUCCAUCUGACGCUGUCGGUCAACCUGGGCAACUUAUGCAUCCUGGCGCCGCAGGUCUACUGGUUUGUGCUGCUUUGCCGCAAGGGCUGGCGGCUCUACCAGCGCCAGCGUCACGCCACCGCUGCUGCCGGCAGCCAGGACUCCUCCCCCCUGCCCCCACCUAGCCCCUCCCUCACGGACAACCAACCCAAGGGAGACCAUUAGAGCUGGAGAGCUCACUCUGUCACCAUUGCGCUCUCUCGGAUCUUUCUUGUUCUCUCUACUCUACCUGCGCUCGAGUCACACAAAAACGAACCACCAUUGACUACUAUUUACUACUUACUACUACUACUACUGCAAAGGCACUAUGGCUACUUACCACAGUCUCCCCAAAACAACUACUACUAUUAUCACUACUUCUACUACUAUCGUUACUACUAUGAUUACACUAGCUACUGCUCUUCCACCCAUGCCCAGUCCAAGCGAUACUGAUGAUGAAUUUUGACCCCCCCUUAGAUCUUUUUUGGGGUUCCUACCCCCCCACCCCCCUCUUUCUGGAUUAUAGGGACUGGACAUGGGUUAUAUUUGGAGUGCUACAGUGGAGUUUCCGAAAAGAAUAUGAAGAAGACUGAGAAUGGAACUCCUGGCUUUUUUUGAUGGGGGGGAUCGGGGGGGGGGGGGGGGGGGAGUCUUGCUUCUUCCCCCAUAUUACGUGACCUGUGCAGUAUUGAGUCACUUCCCCAGCCUCGCCCCCUCUCCAUUACUAGAUCUGCUGAUUGGAGGGUCUGUUACAGUGUAGAUGAAUGUGUCUGUAGAAUUUAUUGAUUUGUUCUAUUUGGUGUCAAUGAUUUUUAAGUGUCAAGUUUUGAAGAUCCCCAUUUUAUGAAGUGUUUGUCCACCCACCCAGUCCUGAUCUUUAAAAGACCGGAGGGAAAGGAGGAGAAGCGGGUAGGGGGCUCGGCAUGCAGAUAGAAAUAGUGACAAGGCUGGGUGGAGGGACAAGGGGUGGGUUGGAGGGGUGGGAUGGGAUGGGAUAGACUAAGCUAGGUACGGGUGUCAGCAUCCACAUUUGAAGGAGACAAUGAAGUAAAAAUGUUUGCUCCAAGCUCUUUGCACCAGCAUAGCUACACAAUUUUUUUUGAAUGUGAUUGGAUUGUGGAACCCCACACUCCUUUAUCCACUUUGACACCUCCCAUUGUCCUUUCUCCUCAUUUGCCUGUCUCUAUGGCUGCUGCCGCUGGCCAAUCGGUGCGCCUGCAACGCUCCCGUCUUCCUCCUUUGUUGUUUAUGGCCCAACAGAGUUCUGUGUGCUGCCCUGCUGCGUCUGUUUACAGUAAGUCUAUAAGCCCCACCCCUCAGUAUCACACAGGGGGUGGGGCAUCACAAGCUCCACCCCUCCCAAGAGAGGGGGAGGAGCCUCUAUAUUAUGCGCUGUGACCUACCUGCCUAAAGGGGGAGGCUUAGCAAAAGAUUAGUCCGUAUGUUUACACACGCAGGACUUCUCAGAGACGGAAGUGCAAGUGAGAUAUCCCAUUCCCCCAUUUUUUCUGUUUCAAUGGAAGUCCACGAACGAGGUAGACCAGACCCAGCUGCUAUUACAUUGGUGUCUAUGGGAGAGCCACCCCCUUAAGUACACCUGAACUGGAAAAAAAAUGAUAUGGUAAACGGCCUGAGUGAACUAUCUUCAUUUAUCCACCAUCUUUGGACUUCUCUGGGAGCGCUGUAGCGGCAUUAGAAGGAAUGGGGUAGGUUGUUUAGUCCCGGGUUCGGCUCGGUUGCUACAGCGACAACUGAAGCUGCUUUUAAUGGGUGGAGACAAGACUUUACGGUCACUCGAGGUCAAGUUUGCCGGGUGUGGGUGAUCCGGUGCUUCUGUUAGGUACAUUUUGCCCUCCGGCAAAAGGUGUCAGGGGUGCUUCUGUUAGGUCAAUGCUGCCCUCUGGCAAUGGGGUCUCGGGGCCACAUGGGAGGGGCUUGUAUACCACUGGGCAUCCCAUUUAAAGUGGAACUGACACCGUUUUAACUACUUUGCAGAUAUGAAACAGACAAUCAUAAUAUCAAUCAAUUCCCAGUUUAUCCCUCAAAAGCAACUUUAUAAGAGGUUAUUUGAAUAUAUAUUUUAAUAUAUAUAUCAGUCAAAAGUUUGGACACACCUACUCAUUCCAGGUUUUUCUUUAUUUUUACUAUUUUCUACAUUGUAGAAUAAUAGUAAAGACAACAAAACUAUGAAAUAACACAUAUGGAAUCAUGUAGUAACCAGAAUAAAUGUUUCACAGAGUUCAAGUAACAGACAUCUCAACAUCCACUGUUCAGAGGAGACUGUGUGAUUCAGGCCUUCAUGGUCGUGUCAGGCCUUCCAACCGCCGUGUCUUUGUGAUACGCAGAGUAGGUGAAUGGAUGAUCUCCACAUGUGUGGUUCCCACCGUGAAGCAUGGAGGAGGAGGUGUGGGGGUGCUUUGCUGGUGACAGUGAUUUAUUUAGAAUUCAAGGCACACUUAACCAGCAUGGCUACCACAGCAUUCUGUAGCGAUACGCCAUCCCAUAUGGUUUGCGUUUAGUGGGACUUUUCAUUUGUUUUUCAACAGGACAAUGACCCAAAACACAACUCCAGGCUGUGGAAGGGCUAUUUGACCAAGAAGGAGAGUGAUGGAGUGUUGCAUCAGUUGACCUGGCCUCAAAAAUUAUCCGACCUCAACCUAAUUAAGAUGGUUUGGGAUGAGUUGGACCACAGAGUGAAGGAAAAGCAGCCAACAAAUGCUCAGCAUAUGUGGGAACUCCUUCAAGAAAAGCAUUCUCAUGAAGCUGGUUGAGAGAAUGCCAAGAGUGUGCAAAGCUGUCAUCAAGACAAAGAAGGGCUACUUUAAGGAAUAUAAAAUAUAUUUAGAUUUGUUUAACACUUUUUUGGUUUCUUCAUUAUUCCAUAUGUGUUAUUUCAUAGUUUUGAUGUCUUCACUAUUAUUCUACAUAGUAGGAAAAAAAAGAAGAAAAAAACUUGAAUUAGUAGGUGUGUCCAAACUUUUGACUGGUACUGUAUAUAUAACUUAGAUUUGACUCAAAAUUCCAUGACUCAAAAUUCCUAGUCUGGUAUUGGUGGUAGAAUAGAUGGAUGCAGUCAAUGCAUGAUUAUCAUAUUUUACCAAUACGUUCUUGGCAGUGUAAAAAAUAAUGCUAUGAGGUUGUAUGAGCUGUGAUUUACAUUGUUUGAUGCUUGCAGCCAUUCGGGUGAUGAACUGUCGUAAGUUUCACUCGCUCAAUAUUUUCGACAAAGCUACCAAGGGCAAUGAUCACAAGUCAACGUGGCUAAUAGGCUAUCUGAUCUUUUUAUGUAUUUUUGGCAAGCUAAAAACACAUUACCUUGUUGUACCUAACUAGCUGCUGGGAGGAUUUAAUGUCAACGCUUGGAUGAGUGGGUAAGUGACAGACUUUAUAUUAUUUUAGAUAUUUUUUCUCCCCAAUUGGUAGUUAGUCUUGUUCCAUUGCUGCAACUCCCUACGGACUCAGGAGAGGCGAAGGUUGAGAGCCAUGCAUCCUCCGAAACACAACCCUGCCAAGCCACACUGCUUCUUGACACACUGCUCGCUCAACCUGGAAGCCAGCCGCACCAAUGUGUCGGAAACACCGUACAACUGCCGACCGUGUCAGCAUGCAUGCGCCCGUCUCGCAACAGGAGUCGCUAGAGCGCGAUGGGACAAGGACACCCGACCGGCCAAACCCUUCCCUAACCUGGACAACGCUGGGCCAAUUGUGCAACGCCUCAUGGGUCUCCCUGUUGCGGCCAGCUGCAACACAACCCGGAUCUGUAGUGAUGCGUCAAGCACUGCAGUGCCUUAGACCGCUGCGCCACGGGAGGCCCUGACAGACUGCUAAACCUGAAUGACUGUUAUCCACAGUUACCAUAUAUCUUAUUUGUCAAUCAAAUGUGCAGGCUAGCAAGCUGGUAAAUCCCGUUAAAUUGACAAAAACGUGGGUUAUGGGACAGACGGCAGGCUACAACAGGGCGAGCAAGCAAGCUAUUCCCCAUCGUAUCAGUGUAACUACAGGCUGAAAAGGUUUGACUGAGUUUAUCCCUCACUAGAUUUAACUCUUCUGGUAUUUACAUAUUUAAAGCCCCGAUGCAUUAUUUUUCAUUUUAAAUCAAUGAUAUAUGUUUAAUAAAUCACUGUUUUAUUUAAUGAAAAUAUAUAUUUUAUUUACCUGAGCUUCGUUUUGCCAUUGAAAUGCUCAGUCUGAUUGUGUGGGUGUGUUGAUACAAAUGUAAAUAUAUUUACAUACACAGCCCUAAUUGAUGGAUAGGAUUGUCUAGACUCUAGUCUAGAGCAGGGAUAGGCAAACUAUGGGCCGCUGGCAAGCCCAUUCAAUCCGGCCGGUGGGAGUUUUUUGUUGUUGGGGGGUGGGGGGAAUUAUUAUGGGUUUAAAAAAAACACUCCAGCCUCCCAGGUGGCGCAGUGGUUAAGGGUGCUGUACUGCAGCACCAGCUGUGCCACCAGAGACUCUGGGUUCGCGCCCAGGCUCUGUUGUAACCGGUCGCAACCGGGAGGUCCGUGGGGCGACGCACAAUUGGCCUAGCGUCGUCUGGGUUAGGGAGGGUUUGGCCGGUAGGGAAAUCCUUGUCUCAUCGCGCACCAGUGACUCCUGUGGCGGGCCGGGUGCAGUGCGCGCUAACCAAGGUUGCCAGGUGAACAGUGUUUCCUCUGACACAUUGGUGCGGGUGGCUUCCGGGUUGGAUGGCCAUGUGUUGGUUGAGUUGUGUAUCGGAGGACGCAUGACUUUCAACCUUUGUCUUUCCCGAGCCCGUACGGGAGUUGUAGCGAUGAGACAAGAUAGUAGCUCCUAAAACAAUCGGAUACUAAAAAAUAAAAUAAAAAACACUCCAGGCCACUGUGUUGAAUGUCUAAAACUAGAUAGAAGAUAUUUAGAAAUUAUAAUGGACCUAUAUAUUUUCAAAUAACUGCACUUUUUCUGGCCCGCAAAAAUAUUUUGACAAACAAAAAAUGUGCGGCCCUACGUUGAAUUUCGAAAUCCUGAUGUGGCCCUCGAGCCAAAUAGUUUGCCCACUCCUGGUCUAGAGCCUACCCCGCUUACCCCUUCAAAGUAGGAGGAAACAUAUGCAAAUAAAAGUUGAAUGGUCAUUGGUCAGAAUAAUUCGA